UGAUUUCUAAUUUAAUUUUCUAAUACGGUAUUAGAAAAUUCGAAGGGGUAACAGUGUCUUACAGCAAGUAGUUGACUGCCACUGAUCUGCAAGGUACCGCCCCCUUGUUUGAGAAACUAAGAGACCCAAGCAUGCCUGGUUUCUCCUAUCUCCUUCUUUCCCUCGCCCUCUUUCCUCCCUCUGUACCCUUUUACUUUACCUUCCCCUCCUCCUGUUUGGCCAGCAGGUUCUUUGCCAACGUUCCUCCCUUUCUUGCAUCGGCGUUUUGCCUCCCCGCUAACUGGAGGACGAUGAAGAAGAAGAAGAGGAGGAAGAAGAAGAAGAAGAAGAAGAAGAAGAAGAAGAAGAAGAAGAAGAAGAAGAAGAAGAAGAAGAAGAAGAAGGUGUGCGCUGGUUCGCGAGGUGGCCGGUAGUUAGCACUCCAUUACACAUGGUUACCUAUCAUCAGAGCACGCCAGCCACGCGAUUUGCUCCCCGGGCCCCAUGGAUAUUCAUGGACCGUCCCGACAUACCAGGCUUUCUCCUCCAGCCAUUCAGGAAGCCGAAGAGAAUAAGGACGGCCUUCAGCCCCAGUCAGUUGCUGAAGCUGGAGCACGCGUUCGAGAAAAAUCACUACGUCGUCGGCGCGGAGAGGAAGCAGCUGGCGCAGGCGCUCUCGUUGACGGAAACGCAGGUGAAGGUAUGGUUCCAGAACCGACGGACGAAGCACAAGCGGAUGCAGCAAGAGGAGGAGGCGAAAGCGCAGCAGCAAUCUGGGGGCGGUGGAGGCGGAGGUGGUGGCGGCGGUGGAGGGGGCGGGAACACGAACAACAAUUCCAACAAUAAGAACACCCAUCACGUGAGCAAAUGGCAACAGGAGACCGGAGAUUAUCACCACGAGGAGGAGGAGGAAGAGGAGCACAUCGAUCCGGAGGCGGAGGAGUGUUCUAGCGGCUCGGAGGCGUAGCUAGACGUUCUCUGCCUGGACUAAGGUGCCAGGAAUUGCGUCUGACCGACGAUGAACGAUUGCUCGAAUUUGUGGCAACCGUGGUUCGAUCAUGAUCGACAAGAAGAUAUAAGAUCCCUAUGGAGAAA